GGGGAGAGAGGAUGACCGCUCCUGUUGCCAGCAUUCCCCUUUGAUCUUUUCCCCCACACAAAGCUAGAAGCAAAGGCUGCCUUGAUCUUGCGGCGAUUGGUCGGAAUAAUGCUUUAAACACUGUCAUCGGUGAAUCAUGUGACAGACUAAGAAAGUGCUGCUGCUGCUGCUGCUGGGCAGUGUUGUGUUGUGUUGCUGGCUCCGGGCCGAGAGGGGGAUUUGUCUGUUGUUGGUCUGUGUUGUUGGGAGUCUCGGAUGAUGCUGCCUUGCCUAUCCUCGUGUAAUCGUGGGGAGUUGAACUCGAUGUAGCCUCCGGCGUUUGGGAGAGGGAGAAGGAGGACAGAGAGAGAGAGAAAAAGCCCCAAGUGCCCCAUUACUCAGCAAUCUGCUUCUCCGCCGGACCACUCUGAGAAUGUGGAAAAUUAAGCACAGAGGGCUGAAGGAUUACGACUCCGAGGACGCCAAGCCACAGGAGGUGUCGAAGAGCAAGGAUCCAUUGCUUCCAGAAGAGGCUACAAGUUCUGUCUCUCAGCUGGCAACGAAGGUUCAAGGAGCGAGCCUAAAAAGUUGGAAGGAAGUAACCUCGCUUUUCAAUAAAGGUGAUGAGCAUAAACUGCUGACUGACAAUGAGCCUAAAUGGACAACUGUGAAACUAAAAGAAGAUGUAAAAACAGAAAAGAAAUCUAGUUUCUGGGACAGCUUGGGAAUGAAACAGAAUUUAGCCAGCAAAAUUCCCACAGAAGAUGAAGGUUGGGAAUCUCAAGUUACAAUGGACAAUCCUAGUAGCAACGUGACUGAUUCCAGCACCUGGUCUGAUUGGGCGAGUGAGAGUAGCGGCAGUUCAAAGUAUACCAGCCUGGACGGUGAAACAAACAUGAGCAGUUCCAAGUGGGGAAUCAGGACAGCAGGUAAACUGCCCGGAAUCCAGAGACGCAGCAAAGGAAAUCUGACUGACUGCUGGGAAGAGCUCGAGUGAUACUUGUUAGCCCAACAGUUGGGCUAACAAUUGCACAGCUCAUCACCACUCACAGCUAUUCUGUCAUGCUGUUUGUGAUUUUUUUGAUUCGUUUUUUGUCUGAUUUUAUGCAUGUAUAGUUGGUGCCUGUGGAGCACUAUGUUUAAUUAAAUCGGAAUUACUGAUCUUUUUUCUGUUGUGCCAAUUCUCCAAUAAAUAUAAUUAUACCUUUUUUAUUUAGGUGAGCUCAUGGUUCAUUGCUCCAUCAGUGUUCCUUAUUUGUUACUGCUUGACAUCAGGUCUACUGGGUGCCUAAAUGUAUCUAUUUAUUGAUACCUCAUACUUUUGAACUUAGGGUAAAUCUGUUUAUGAUCAUUGGCUUAAAUGCAUGCUUAUUUUGGCUGCUGAAUGUACACUACUGCACGGAUUGGGUUCCAAGACCACAGUGAAACAGAAUAAAAGGUACUGUCUACAGUCAGUUGCUUUGCAUGCCUUUGUGAAAGUGAUUAUAGACUAGCUUCUCUACUCUUGGGUUCCCACUGCCUUUUCUUGACUUAAUAUGGGUGGAUAGGUGGGCUACAUACGUUAAAGUGCUAUUACAAAUGUAUAAGGGAUUGAAAGAAAAGAAACACUUUUUGCCUCAGUCAUCAAUGUCCAUUGAAGCUGUGUUAUUCUGGUGAGAAAAAUGUUCUAGUAAACAGAAGUGCACUGCCCAUAAUAACCGAGUUCAGUUCAGUGACAUCAAUCCCUCCUUUCAUAACAUGCUCAGAUGUGGCAAGUAUUUAUUAUAAAAGUGCAUAACGCAAACCUGCGCAAAAGGCAACAAUAAAAUUAAACAUUCGGAAAGGUACAUGGCUAGGAAAAGGUUAGAUAGACAUGGGCAAAAUGCAGAUAAUUAGGACUACUUCAAAUGGGGCAUCUUGAUUGGCAUGGAUGAGCUGGGCUGAAGGACCUGUUUCCAAGCCUUAUGACUAACUCUAAGAUGGGCUAUUUAAUCAUGGGAAUAAUUGCAAACCAUUCACAAGAUUUCUCCAGAAUCUUUGUGGGCUAUACACAUCUUUCAUACACAAAAUAACAGCAAUAUUUUGGAUGAGUAGUUAUAAUAAAUUACUGAACAGUUUGAGGAGACCAAGCGAUUCCAAUCAGUCUUAUUGGUGGAGUGAGGAUUGCCCAAGCUGAGCCUUCACCUUCAUUUGUAAAAAGUGGGAUACUAAUCAAUUUCCGCUUUCUAUUUAAACUAUUGGAACCAUUGCACAGUAAAAUGUUUGAGGUGUCAGGGGGUUGUGGAGAACUAAUAAGCUUACAAGCAAGCAGUGGCUUCCAUGACAAUCGAUGAUAUGAAGCACUCAAGUGUUGCUGACACUAUCAAUGGCUAGUCAUCAAAUAUUUGAAAUUAAUUCCAUCCUUCCUUCAACGAAUCAAUUGUCUCGUUGAACAGUUGCCGUUAAUGUUAUUGAAAAUGUUAGCAACAUUAAAGUUUGCAUUCUGCCCUUCA